UCUUCUCCAUCUCUCCAAGCAUUAUGGCGACAUACCGCACAGCAGAUUUCUGGGCGCCAUCGCUGCACCCCAACACGCUUCUACAGCUGAGCGUGCCGGAGGGCGAGCGUAACCCUGUCGUCCGGCCACUGCCCAUCAAGCACAACGAGCACGCGCCUGUGGGCGUCGUGAAGCGCAUGCUGCGAUUUGGCGACGAGCUUUUAGUUGCAGACGAUGGAUUUCGCAUGUCUGCGCUCUCCCUGCCCGCCGACGAGGCGAGUGUACCCAUUGUCACCUCGCAGAGCACGCACGCCGUGCCCUCGCGCGGAACCAGUAUCUGGACUGGUCUUGCAUCCCUAUCCGACACCUCAGCCGUUUCCUCCCUGUCUACAGGCCGCCUGACACUCUACAACGGAAGCGCAGAAGCUGUCGGCACCAGGAAGCUCGGUGCGCCCAUCCUCACCCUCUCCACCCCCGACGCCGGACAGGCCUUCGCCCUCGCCGGGAAAGAGCUCGAGCUUGGCGUGUUCGACCCCGAGCGUACAUUUGCGGCUACUUCCACUGCAGCCUCACCGAAGGACUUGUACGAAGGCGAGGUUUGGCGCGCCAAGAACGUGCCGCACAACAGCCUCCGUCUCCGCGUCCCGGUGCACCACCUCUGCUCAUCUUAUCUUCCCGGCUCGACCUCAUCCAUCGUGACUGGCACGAAGGCCGGUAAUGUGCGGCGGUACGACACGCGGCAGCGCAAGCCUACGGCCGACUGGAAGCUGGCGCGCGAGGGAGGCGUCGCGGUCAUUGCCCCAUCGAGGCUGGAGGAGAACACGGUGUUCUUUGCGGACCAUAGCAACCUGCUCGGUGCCCUCGACUUGCGCACCGGCAAGCUGCUAUACUCCGUCCCCGGACUGGCAGCCACGCCUCACUCGCUCUUCCCCCUUCCCAAGGGCGCGGACUGGACACCGCCCAGCAUCGCACGCGAGCAGGUCGCAGGCCUCGCGACCGUCUCCAGCGACGCCACGCUGCGCAUCUGCGGCGUCACCCUUGCGCCCAGUGAGACACCCAAGGGCAACUGGGGCUCUGGGAAGAAGGCGUCGGUCAUGGCGAGCGUGGGCGGCGUUGGCGUUGGUACGUUUGUGUUCAGCGGGUUUGGAAGUGGGAAGGACGUCGUAGAGAAGAAGGAGGGAGAGGAAGGGGAGAGCGAUGAGGAGCUCGGCGAAGACGAGGAGGAGGAGAUCUGGGAGGGGAUGGGUGAGGUCGGGCAAGGUGACAGUGACGAGGAGGUGAGUGAGGACGACAGCGAUGAGGAGGAACAGCCACCACGGAAGCGGAGGAAGUAGAGCUAGUGCAUAGAUAUAUUUACAUUGGGCAAUAGAUCAUUUGCUGAUUCCUUGC